UCUCAUCUGACCAAUCCGUUUCGGUUUGAUCUCGAAGGGGAAAAACACGUCAAAGUCCAAAAGGAGAAAUCGGAUUUAACUUUGUACAAAUGUCAAGACGGGUUUGUUUAUAAAGAUAACGAAUUGAAAGGAAGGCCGUCCCUCCGAAGACAGUUUCAGUUGACAGGAUGGUGUCAUCCAACAUCACCCAUCGACCCGAUUUGAAAUUUAACCCAUCUCAUUUAAUAAAUACUGUAACAAAUUGUCAGUUUUGUGUUUAAAGACAGGUGUAAAUUUCAACAAAUUGACCUUAUGUGUUACACCUCGACAGUUGUUUUGAAGUCAAUUAAAUUUAACGUUUACAAACAAUGACAUAAAGACACUAGGAGAAUGGAGGAUUACAAGUUUUUAUUCAAAGUUGUUCUCGUUGGAAAUGCUGGAGUUGGAAAGACUUGCCUUGUAAGAAGGUUCACGCAAGGUCUUUUUCCGCCUGGUCAAGGGGCAACUAUUGGAGUUGAUUUUAUGAUAAAAACUGUUGAAAUCGACAAUGAAAAAAUUAAGCUCCAAAUUUGGGACACUGCUGGUCAAGAAAGGUUUAGAUCUAUAACCCAGAGCUACUAUAGGUCAGCUCAUGCUUUGAUUCUAGUUUAUGACAUAAGCUGCCAACCGACCUUUGACUGUUUGCCGGACUGGCUGAGAGAGAUUGAAGAGUAUGCUAGUAGCAAAGUUCUUAGGGUGUUAGUUGGAAAUAAAAUAGAUCGAGACGACAGAGAAAUUCCCUUUCACGUUGGAGAGGAUUUUGCUCAAAGGCACAAUAUGUAUUAUUUAGAAACAUCUGCAAAAGAGUCAGACAAUGUAGAAAAGUUAUUUGUUCAAAUUGCUGCAGAACUUAUGGAGCAAGCAAGAUGUAAGGAACUACCUCGAUAUGAUGAUUCCAAUUUGCAAAGUGUAAAUCGAAGAGCAACUGUUGUUGAUGUUACAUGUUGUAACAACUAGAGAAGCUAUGCUAAAACAUAAAUCUUAAUUUCAGUUGGAAAAAACAAAGAUUUGGAAAUGUUUAUGUAGCAACUGACAAUGCCGAUGGUCGCAUUAGUAUGUGUUAUCAUCUUGCAUUUCUGGUCUGGUCUUAUCAACAAACGAAAUAGCGACUGGCGGAAAAAGUCCUACCUGGAUCUCCUAGUCAGCCAAAGUUCGAUAGGAGACAGGAACACGUAGGAUGAUAUUCGUUUUGUCAAAAAAGCGGAAGGCAGUGUAAGCCGAGGAUGAUGGGACAUUGAGUGAUAAAAGGAAGUAAGAAACUGGUGUUUAAGUGUGUUCACCCUUGUUUUGUCGAUUGAAACUACUUGUUUUAAACAAUUUUUCAUUAAUGAAAUUCAACAUUAAUGAAUUUAAAUCAACACUAUCAUAUGGUAAAGGUGUAGGAAAUAUUAUUUAAAAAAGGGCAAUGUUGUUUAGAUCAUGUUAUAUGUUAUACUUUAUGUUUAUGCCAUACAAUAUCUGGCUAGGAAAUUUGCAAAUAACUAAUUCUAAUGAAAUUGUUUUCAUAAUAUCCUUAUGAAUUACACUGAGAAAUAAUUAGAAAUACUUUAUUAAUUAAUUGUACAAAAAAUAUCAUAAAGAUACAGUUAAUGAAGAUAUCGUGUAUCAACAUUUGCAACAAAAAUGCUAAGCACUUGUACACUCUUUAUUUUGCUUUUCUAAUAAUGGGUUUUUAAUUAUUUUAAUGUUGUGAUAUAACAGUGCCCUAUAAACUUAAUUAUUGAGUUCUUUGAUAACCAUUAAUUAAUGGAAAUUGUAAAUGAAUUUCCAAUCAAUGCUUUGAUCCUGGAUAAAUUUUUAUCGUAACAACACUAAUAUUACUGUAAGAAAAAGUAACUCAAUUUGUUAUUAUACACACUCUACUUGUGACUGACUUAAUGAACACAUAUUAAAACAUUUUUUAAUAAAAGUGGAUUUUUUUUUC